AGGUUUACGUACUGUUUUCGUUGGUCUGAAAACACGGUCUGAAAAAUUUGGAAAUCACGGCUUCCUAGCUUACUUGGCAUUGUUAGAAAAAGGCACGUUUGUGGUUGUAUCAUGAGAAGGAUCAAGCAAACAAAUUUUGGCCAUAUAUUAUAGAUACAUAGAUACUUCUCUUUAUAAUUGUAAUCCUGGGUUUUCAUCGUAGUCCCGCCUCCUCCUGUAAUUGGUUGAUGACUUUCAUUAUUGCAGUAAAAGUCGGAAAUUUACCCUGAGGUCGUCUUUUGUCGAGUGCCCCGAUGUUGUAAAGAUAAUUGCUGGCAGACUAGAAUGUCACUAGACUAGUUUAGUCCAUAAUGUUGAUGUUGGAUUCAAGAUUGACAGAUGAUGAAUAAUCCAUUGAUUUUGAAUUUUGUUCCGACGAACUCGUGAAGUUAUUUAUCUCGGUUCUAACCUGUCUGGUGUGUGCUGUUGCAGCGGAAAACUUAAAUUAAGUACAUAUAAUUCGACUAACAUCAUCAAAAUGGACGACAACGAGGAUAAGGCAGCACAGUUGGAGGAGUACAAGGCGCAGCUAGAAGUUGUCGAUGAAACCCUCGCUGCGACAGAGGAGGACGAUGAGACAGCUCAGCAACUACGCGAUGCCAGGAAUGAUCUCGUGGAAGUGAUCACGCUUUUAGAGCAAUCUCUCAAGGCGAGCAAACCAGUAGAGCCCGCAUCUUCAAGCACUAGGAAAGAAGGUUGGCCAACUGUAGUUUUCUAGUAGUGAGUAGUUGCUCUCGGUAAUGGUCGUUUUUUAUGUCGAUAUAAUUUACUAGCUGCAGGUCUCGCACGCACAGGUUUGACUGAAUCGUUCGACGUGAAAAAGAACUCUGCGAUGUACGAUUUUGCAAAAGUUCUCUUUCCUUUAUUACUUUGCAAGCUCUAAGAAUAGCGCAGCGGCUUCUACUGGUGCAGCAGCGUCGAGUAGCGUUCUGCCUUUCGGGGCACCAGGAACGGGGCAAAGUCUCGCAGGGGACGUCGCAUUUCCAGAGCAGCAAGCGGCACCGCAGCCACGGGGACGAGGUCAUGAACUGCUCGGGAGAACAUGUGAAGUCAGCAUACAGGGAAGCUGGUAUUUUCCAUGUUAGUGUUCCUGAUUCGAGUAUCAUGUUAAAAAGCGCUCCUCCAGACGGUUGCCAUAGAGAUAGAUUCUUGCACUUGCAAUUACUGAUAACAGUCAGGGCUCGAUAACGUUUUCACCAUGUGCUCGCCACCUGACAGGUUUAACGCAGAGAUUUUUUCCAUUCGGAGGGACGAGAGGGGCGUCGACCGUGCUGUUCUGACGGUAUUCGGACAGAAUGAGCGCAAGGAGGUCAGAUUGGCAGAUGUGAAGAUGCUUAGGCCACUGCCACCGGCCCAGUGCUUGCCGGGAACGAAAUUACAAGCGAUAUCAACACUCGAUGGUCUGUGGUAUGACGUUGUAGUCGAAGAACACACGGACAAGGGAUAUUUGGUCCGAUUCACCGACUACAACACGCAGGACGAAGUAAAAUUCGAUCAAAUACGGCAAAAAGUGGCGAAAUCAGGUACUAGUAAAGUAUGAUUAAGUUGUUUUGAAUGUUCAGAACAACUUCGUGGUUCAAUAUGAUGAUCGAUAGAAAAAGAAAAGAGAUUUUCUUCAUUUUUCACCCACUACACUAAGGCUACCACAUCUGAAAGAACUUCAACAUCAGGUAUAGCAGCUGGAAAGCGAGCAGUUAAAGAGGUUAUAACGCCGGGUGGCUACGUUAUCCCAGAGCAUUUCCUGGUCAAACCUGAGGACACGGAUGAGGUACUUCAAUAACUGUUAUGGUGUAAGAUUAAGAAAUGUAAAUGCUUGGUCAACAAGUAUUGCAUGACGACUCAUCUCAGGUUAAAGUUUAAUGAUAAAUUUGUAGCUGUCUCAGGUGCCUGACGACAAAUAACUGAAAAACAGGUGAAAGCCAAGAAAAAGAGGAAGAUACAUCAUGUGAAGAACCAGCAGAAGGAUGAACGACUUGAAACGGAAGCAGCAAAGAAGGCCACAGGAUGGCAGAAGUUUGCGCAGAAGAAUCGAAAAGUGGGCGGGAUGGGGAAGCAAUCGAUUUUCGCAAGCUCAGACAACGCAAGGAUCGGACAUACUGGAUCAGCGAUGUUCCAAAACAACUCUUCCAGUAGCUCCUCUGGAAUAAGGCGAUAGUCGAUACUACGAGCAGAUGAAGUCCCGCUUGGAUCCUCUCGUUUUGAAUCUUGAAUCACAUAUAAUCUUUAUCCUAGUCGCUGGGGGUGCUGUGGCGAUCAUCAGUUCUUGUCCGUCUCGCAAAGUGGGACGAAGACAUUCGAUUUCAUGUUGUCGAACUAUCAACUUCUCCAAUUCGCAUCAAAGUAAGACGCUCCUCGUUACGAAGAAGAAACCCUUCCGAUAUCCCAGAGAUUUCCCCUUCCCCACUACCUUCUGGGCUUGUUUUCCUGUAGUAUCAUACAAAGCUGCGUGGAAGUCCACGAUACAGUAAUCAAUAAAGGGCAGGUUUUCUCCACAGUGCUGCAUAGGCACUUCUAAG